AAAUAAAUAAAUAAAUAAAUAAAUAAAGAGUGUCUUUCGAACACUGAAUAUCAAAUAUCAGCCAGGCUUAACUGGUAGGUUUGCCAGACAUUUUUUGACUCUGAAUACUUCUCAACUCUGCUUGUCUAUGAGGUGAGGGGAAUUUUAAAGGGAUGAAUCUCUAAAGGUAGAAUAGCCCCUGAGAGGGAUUUGAUCUGGUUAGGGAGAGGAGUCUCUGUUCCACACCAACUUCAGCUUCUUGCUGAUGGGAAAGCUUUUUCUUUCUCCUUUGCUCUUUUUGGUUUUUUGUUUUUGUCUGCCUUCGUAGCAUGCAAAAUUCCAGGGCCAGCGACGGAACCGGUGACAAAGCAGUGACAACCUCAGGUCCUUAACCUGUUGAGCCACCAGGGAACUCCUCUCCUUGGCUGUUUUAGUUUAGAAAAAUGGAGGGGGCAGUUAUCCAAGAAAACUGCACCAUUUUUUGGAAAGCUAAGUGAAUGGGGAUCUAGAGGUCAGACCCAGAUAAUCUGAUACUAAAAGGGUACCAUGCACCCUGGCCUCUCUCUGUAACCUAGUUCACAGGACCUUUUUUUGUUCUAAAACAUUUUAAAUUAUAGUUGAUUUACAAUGUUUUGGGUAUAUGGUAAAGUGAUUCAGAAUUAUGUAUACAUAUAUGUGGUUAUAAGAUAUUGUAUAUAGUUUCCUAUGCUAUACAGUAAGUCCUUGAUUAUCUAUUUUAUAUAUAGUAGAGUGUGUCUAUUAAUCUCAAAUUCCUAAUAUAUCCCCCCCUUUCCCCUUUGGUAACCAUAAGUUUGUUUUGCAUGUCUGUGAAUCUAUUUCUGUUUUUCUACUUCUGUUUUUAAAUGGAUGGGAAGGAGGGUUAGCAGGAAAGUGAGCUGUUAUAGGAGAUAGUUUUCAGAGGCAGUAGAUUUCCCCUAACACAUGGCUGGCUUUCUAAGGGCAUUCCCUAACAGCCUACCCUGCUUCACACUGGUUUAGGGUCCCUUGUAUAUUUUUCCAGAAUGUCUUGUGUUUUAGUCCAGUCCAAAGCACUUAUCACCUUUUAUGAGUCUGUGCUCCCUGUAGAUUCCUUGAGAAAGGGAUCAUGUCAUUAAUCUCUGGCACAUGGUAGGUGCUCAGUAUUUGAUGAAUGGGGAGGAUUGCUAGAUAGACAGAGAGACCCCUAGAUUCCAUUAUCCUUCUCAAGUUCUUAUUUCUUCUUUCCUGGACCAAAAUGUAAACAUCCUGUGAUAUAAGAUGUCUUCCCUGUUUUUUAGUUUGUUUGUUUAUUUUGCUUUGAUUUUGCUGAGACCUCCAUACUCUCAAGAUAAAGAAGUUAGGGGGCAUGUUUGGAUCUGGUCAGAAGGGCUUCAGAACAUCUGGAGUGUGACCACCCCCUUCUCCAAGCCAUGAGUUUAUAAACUCAUCCUUGAAUUCAAUAGUGUGUCUCUACUGUAUAUCUCAAAAAAUAUUUCUGAGAUAUAUGGCAUCUGCCCCUUAACAAUCACUUUUCUUUAUGGACUCACAGGAAAAAAAAUAUUUGAAAGUUAAGGUUGAACAGGACACUUUGCAGAUAAUAAUCUGGAACACAGAGAGGUCUAGUCACUCGAAAGUUUACACAACUUGUUGAAUCAACCUGAACCCCCACCUCCUGGCUUCGAGCAAUUAGCCUUGCUGUGCCUCCAGAGGCUUCUUGGGAAAUCUGCAGGCUACUUUCUGUCUUCCUUCAUUCACCCAACGUUUAUGCACCACCUACUAUGAAUCAGGCGGCAUGCUCAAGGCCAUAGAUAGGAAGAUGAAAAGUAACAGUCCUUGCCUUGUAGAGUCUUCUUUGCGCCUGAGAGUUCCAUUUCUACACCUUAGAUAGGAGGUCCCUGUGUCCUGCAGCAGCUUCCAGUGUGCAGAAGCUCAUGGACAAGGGUGCCAGGCUCCUCCUGGACCUGGUGAGUACUGGGCCCUAGCCCCUCCUGCCUACCCUGGAUCUUGUAGCUGCCAUUGCCACCGAACCAAUCAUGCCAGAAAGUCAUCAUGGUGAUUUCAGAACUGCAUUGUGAUUUAUGCAAAGCGCGGAUAAUUACAGCCGGGCGUGCAGACGAACAUGCCGUGUGUGUGUGUGUGUGUGUGUGUGUGUGUGUGUGUGUGUGUGUGUGUGUUGCUGUUUGCCAGGGUUGGAUGGUGUGUGUGUGUUGGGGGGUGGUAUUUCCAUUCAGUGGAAUUCGUCUUGACACACUGCUUGAUUUGAGACUGGUGGCAAGAGAAAAAGGGAACAUUCGUUCCCAUUUUGAUUUUGAGACAAUUUGGGGAACCUGGGGAGUAUUUUCCACAAGUUUUGGUGCCUAUGACUGAAUCAUUAGGGUGAGUAGGGGAUGCAAUAGUUUGGACUCUCUAGAACCAUGGUCCUCCUACCUGUUAAGCCCACCCCCACCCCCGCAGCAAAGUGGCUUCCGCAUCUCCUUGCCAGACUCCUAAACUUCUCCCCUGGAGACUGGGCCGGGCCUAGUCUUCCAAGCCAGCCUUCAUCGUUGCCUGAAGUAAAUUACUUGAACUCUUAAAGUGCUGGGCCUUAACUAAGCGCCCCCCCCCCCACCAUGGCGGUGGAAAUGGCUUUGUUGGUGAUGGUUAUAAUGAUGGUAGUGGUUUUGGUGGCAAGUGUAUUUCUGGAGGGAAUCACAAUGCCAUUUGUACCCUGGCAUAGUAACUGUGUUUCUCAAACGGCGCUGGGAAAUCAUUUCCUUUUCUAGGCGCGUAGUUCGAGUUUGCACUGCAUCGCAUGCAGGGCUAGCUGCUCAAGUCUGCUCAACUUGGUUGUCAAAGUGUUGACUUAUUAUUGCCCUGUCUCCUUAAAAACCCCUCAGGUUUAUGGAUUUGUACCAUAUCUCCCUCAUCUCGUCCCACUUCGAAAAACCGAGGAGGGAUAACUUGGGAGGUGGUCGCCCCCUUUCUUGCUUUUUCCGAAUGUCCCCACCCUAGAGCCCUGGUCGCCGCGCUAUAUUAGCGAGGAUGUAGGCUCUGGUGCGUGGCGUGCGCGGGCGGGGGCCCCAGGCCAAGCAGAAGCCGCUGCGGAAAGUUGUGAUCACGUGCUGCAGCCGCUGACCGAUGCGCACAGCCCUAGCUCCAGAGCCUCCGGGCCUGAGGAGCUGCUGCACCCUCGGAGGGGGCAGGGGACACGCAAGCACUCACUUGCACAUACAUGCUCUGAUCCAAAGCCCGGGUUGGCACCGAGUCUUGAGAAAGUGGGACCGUGGGGCCGAGGGCGAACGAGUAGAAUUGCGGAGUGCUGGUGUCGGUUCAUCUACCCCAGAGCCUGCGCGGAGGGCGGGAGAGCAGGAGAUGUGACCCUUGACCUUUGGCCAAGCCCACGCCUGGAAGAGAAGCUGGCAAGCUCUUGUUCGACAAGUUCAGGCUGCUGGGAGAGCUUAAAUAAGAAUUAAUCUCUUAGCGAUCGGGGAUCACUGCUCGGUAGGCGUGCGCUCUCCCAGCGCGGCGCAGGGACUAGGGCCAGAGAGAGCACAGGAAUCGCUGGAAGAUGGACGGAAAGUGUGGGGGGCUAAAGUGGGGGAGGGAGCUCUCCAGAAUCCCUCGUCCCUGAGAAGGGGGGCCUGCGAAGCCCGCUGGAGACAAGCUGCGCGAAGGAAAGCUCUACCCUCCAGCCGCUCCGGUGCAGAAAUAAUGGAGGCAAAAUAGCUUCGACCUGCUCGGAAUGGGCUUUAGUUUGGAAGUCGGCGGCACCCUGCUAGCGGCUGAUGCCCAAGGACCGUAUGAAGGCCGCAGUACCGCGGAGCCUCCAUCAAACCCCAUCCCAGGCCCCAAGUCUAGACAUAGCGUUCUCGCCUAUAACUUUUACGUAGAUAGUUGCAAAAUUAAUAAUUACUCACCUCGGGCCAGAUCCAAGUUUUACCCAACAGAAGGGGCAUGGGACCAAGAAUGAACCAACUCACAUGGCCAUAUCCGGGGCGCACAAUCACACACAAACACACAGCCACCCAGUUCUUCCACGAAUCUGUCCGGCGCUCUGGACAGAAGGGGAAAAGCGUUUUGAGAAAACUCCAGCUCCCUUCCCCUUCCCCCUUGCCAUGAAAUAUAAUAAUUCAUUUUUAUUAGAAGAUCAGCACCGACCUCACCAUCACGCAAGCACAGAGCCACACUCCCAUAUUCACACUAACUCUUCAGCUUGGAGAGCGCCUGCAUUUUCUUUGGGAGCCGCUUGGAGGUUCAUUAAUAUCAUUAGCAUUUAACCCCCUCCCUCUUUCCAUCCCCUCCCCGCACAUGGCUGACGUCAGACCCCGCCAGGAGUUGGGGGAAAAGCUAAGUGGGCCAGGGACGCCCUAUUCCCCUCCCCGCGGCUGCCUGUCAGAGCGCUUCUGGAGAUAUUACAGGGGACCCAGCCCGCAGCGACAGGCACAAAGUCACAGGGUAAUGAACUUCGGGGACCCUUGGCCGCUGCGUGCUCGGCUGUCCCCGGAAACCAGGAGCUGGCCGCCUCUUCCCUCGGAAGGCUUCCCAGCAAUCUAGUUUUCCCACUCCGAGCUCGGGUUUGGGCAGCGCCGAGCCCAUCUGUCUGAGACUGCGGUUGUAUGUUUUCCUUUUUUCCUUAAAAGAGCAGCGGUCUGUAGAGAUCUGCCCACACUCUCAUGACUAAUGUAGAGGGAGAAAUUGAAGACUGAGAGACAGGAAUGGGGAAAGAGAGGGAUUUUGCCCUUUUUGCUCCGUAGGAAGACCAUUUUCGUGUCUUCAUCUCUGUCAUUCAAUACCCCUCUCUUGCCUGUCCUCCCUUCUCCCUCGAUCUGCCUGUCCGUUUCUCUAUUUGUCUGUCCAUGCCUAUGUCCAUACCAAGCAACAUUCCCAGCAGCUGCGGUUUUGCAAGAGACGGGAAGAAACUUAAGGAUGCUUAAAUUUCCACUGUGGAACGAAUUCUGAGCGCCAGGGAAGCAGCGCAGCCCGCAACCGACACCCACCUGUCCAGCCCCCGGAGCCUCGCAGGCUGGAGGGCGGCUGGAGAGCGGCGGCGCCCGGCGGCGAAGCGGGCGUUGCCGGCCGGGACUCGGGCAGCGCCCACCAACCGCUCCGCCCCGGGACCGCCAGCAUGAGCAAGCCAGCCGGAUCAACAAGCCGUAUUUUAGAUAUCCCCUGUAAAGUGUGCGGUGACCGAAGCUCGGGAAAACACUAUGGGGUCUACGCCUGCGACGGCUGCUCGGGGUUUUUCAAACGAAGUAUCCGAAGGAAUAGGACGUAUGUCUGCAAAUCUGGAAAUCAGGGAGGCUGCCCAGUGGACAAGACACACAGAAACCAGUGCAGGGCAUGUCGGCUGAAGAAGUGUUUGGAAGUCAACAUGAACAAAGAUGCGGUGCAGCACGAGCGGGGGCCUCGAACGUCCACCAUCCGCAAGCAGGUGGCUCUCUACUUCCGUGGACACAAGGAAGAGAAUGGGGCGGCCGCGCACUUCCCCUCUGCCGCACUGCCGGCGCCGGCCUUCUUCACUGCAGUCACGCAGCUGGAGCCCCACGGUCUGGAGCUGGCCGCUGUGUCCGCCACCCCUGAGCGCCAGACCCUCGUGAGCCUGGCUCAGCCCACGCCCAAGUACCCUCAUGAAGUGAAUGGGACCCCAAUGUAUCUCUAUGAAGUAGCCACAGAGUCAGUGUGUGAAUCAGCUGCCAGGCUUCUAUUUAUGAGCAUCAAGUGGGCUAAGAGUGUGCCAGCUUUCUCCACGCUAUCUUUGCAAGACCAGCUGAUGCUUUUGGAAGAUGCUUGGAGAGAACUGUUUGUUCUAGGAAUAGCACAAUGGGCCAUUCCGGUUGAUGCUAACACCCUACUGGCUGUAUCUGGCAUGAAUGGUGACAACACAGAUUCCCAGAAGCUGAACAAGAUCAUAUCUGAAAUACAGGCUUUACAAGAGGUGGUGGCUCGGUUUAGACAGCUCCGGUUAGACGCUACUGAAUUUGCCUGUCUAAAAUGCAUCGUCACUUUCAAAGCUGUUCCUACACACAGUGGUUCUGAACUGAGAAGUUUCCGGAAUGCUGCCGCCAUCGCAGCCCUUCAAGAUGAGGCUCAGCUAACUCUCAACAGCUACAUCCACACCAGAUACCCCACUCAACCCUGUCGCUUUGGAAAACUCCUGUUACUUUUGCCAGCUUUACGUUCUAUUAGUCCAUCAACCAUAGAGGAAGUGUUUUUCAAAAAAACCAUCGGCAACGUCCCAAUUACAAGACUGCUUUCAGAUAUGUACAAAUCCAGUGAUAUCUAAGCUCUUCAAGUCCCUACUUUUCAGGAUGGGGCAGUAACUGAUGAACUUCUACCCAUGGAGAAUAAGCCUCAACUAACAAACCCUUCAGGGAGCAUAAACCUGGGAAUGCGUAGCCUUCAGGAGAAAAUGUCAAGUGACACAAAACAAUUCCAGUAGCUUUGACCUGCCUCCUCACCCAGGGUAGUGCAGCCUGGAAGGAAAGGGGACGUAAGCGGACCGCCUGAGCAGAGGACUCACUGCUGCCAUGCCCUGGGAGGGGGCCGAAUUUGGGGUUGCCACAGGCCUUGCCAUUCUGCCUCUGACCUGGAAGAUCAGGCUGAAUUAUCAAGAGCUGAAAUACAAAUAGAACUUUCUUUUCCCUUUUACCAUAUAAAGUUGGGUAACCAAAUAUAGCUCUGUGUAUAACAUCAUACAACAACCUUCAGAACUAUCUUAUGUUGGGGAAUUUAUUUUUAAAAUAAUGGUUAGGUUUUAAAUCAAAAAUUUUAUCAAAAGUUUCCCAUCUAUUGUACUACAUCAUAAAGUGGCCUUCAAACUGAGUUAAUAAGUGAAAGGUAGCUUAUGCUAUGAGAGUUGCUUUUUCUCUUUUUCCUUUCUCUUUCUUUCCUCCCUCCUCCUCCUUCUUUUUAAUACCAUAGGCCAGGCAACCUUGUCAAAGGAAUUGGCGGACGAAAUGAGAUUUUCACCAGGACCUCAGGUUGGAUAACAUCUCAAAAAUAGAAGAGCUUUACUAAAAGAACAGAAGUCAAGGGAGGACGAAUAAAAACAGCAAAACCAAAUAAAGUGGAGGUGAAUAGUCGAGUGAGGCAGACUGCUGUCCCAUUAACAUAGUGCUGAAACCAAAGGCGUUGGGGGUCUAAACUCAAGUUUCAGCAAAUCACACCAGACAUGAGGCCAGAGGGGACUUAAAGGAGAUGAACGCUAAAGGCUUCUUGAUCCAUUGCUAACAGCCUGAGGCUCUUCAAUGCCUUUCAGAAAACCGGUUUCUAGUAAAGCUUUGAAUGCCUACACGUGCACGUGCGUAAAUGCAUGUGUACACACACGCACACACACGUAUACACACACUUCGUCCUACACUAUAAGCUGCUCCUUUGGUAUGAAUCUCUACUUAUGGAAAUGUAGAAACAAACAUUUUAAAAUAGCUGCUGUACUUUUCACAUUUUGAUCUAUUAGGUACUAGCACUGAGAAAAAUGUUCAGCACUUGGACUAUCAUAGGAUGAGUAAAAUUUUCCUUGUACAAAGUGAAUUAACUGAUUUGUGAAGUUAAAAGGAUGUACUCAUUGUAUUUACAAAGAAUAAAAAAAUAUAUUGAAUUUAAA